AAGUGAAUCACUAAUUAAUAAGAUCAUGCAUCAAUUUGAUAAGCUAACCUGAGGUUGAUAAAAACUGUAGUAGCAUCAAAAAAAGAAAAAACAACUCCAUAGUAGCUAUAAUGACUUUAUGUUUGUAUGAUUUCCAACUAGCUUUUGGUGCAGCAGCAGCUGCUUUUAUACAUGCAGGUCAUAGGCUGACAAAGGUUAAAAUAACUUCCAUUCCAUUGACUGUUCUGAGCUAAAUAAAUUAUGAAAAAAUGCUGCCUCCUCCAGGUUUUAUUAGAUCUAAUGCUAGAUUUAGAUGAGAAAUGAGAAUUAAGAAUUGGAUCACAAAUUUUAAGGUAUAAAAUACAUUUAAUGGAAAAAUAUUUUAUGGUUCCAAUCAGUACAAAACAAAAGGAGUGGGAGGGGCUCUUCAGCUAAAUUCACUUCCUGUCCUGCUUAUCUACACAGCCAAGAAUUAUCAUGUUCAAUUCAAUUGUGUGGAGUGAUAAUGGCUUCAGCUCUGUUAUUAGGACUCAUACUAGUCUGUAUUGGGUUGACAAAUUGUGCUAUCACUAACUUUCAGUGUACUGAUGGGCCAGUAUGUGCGGGGGAUAGAAUAGAAUGCAGCUGCACAACAGAUACUGGUGCUUUAGUAUGGUCUAUAAGCUACCGUCUACGUCCAGUAGAAUCUUUGAUGUGGAACCAAAUCUUAGAAGUUCUAUUUCAUACAAUGAACACUGAGGAUAAAGAAUUUUAUGGUUAUAAUUUCACAUUUAAUACAACUUAUACAGGUCUGAACACUUCAAUACUGACCUUUAAUCUUAAUCACUCUGAGAGUGUACUCGUUGAAUGUGCAAAUGGAGAUGAGAUUCAUAAAAUGAACAAAACAGUUACUGAUUCAGGUUAUUAUGCAAAAGCACCGACAAACUUAACAACAACCUUUGAUGCAAGUGGAGUUACUUUACAAUGGAAGGACACUGGGAAUAACUGUACUUCUACUGAGUAUCAAGUGACUGUUAUUAGUUGUUCAUGUGCAUCAACCAGUGUAUUGAUGUAUAGUACUAAUGAAACAGCCAUACUUAUAAACUCAAGCGACUUAUUAGAAAAUGUAACCUAUACAUAUACUGUUAGAGGAUGGAAUGAACAGCAAAGUAACAACAGUGAACCAUUCACACUUGGUAAUGAUACAAUUACUUCUCAGUGUGAAUCACCACAAAAUAAUAACGGUCUAGGCACUCCUAGCUUCAAUUUUACUAUUACUGCAAAUAGUACUACUGAUGAUUGUAGUGAUAGCUGUUGUACUAAUAUCACAAUUUUUAUACAACUGGUAUUGAACACAUCAGACCCACAGUAUGCAAAUCUAAGCUAUAAUAUAUCAUAUGACUCUAUCACUGUUAAUAAUGAAUCAGUGGUAACAAAUGAAGGAGAAUGGAACAAGAAUAUACAGCUACCUCAUAAUGAAAUGCACUAUUCUGAUUCUGAACAGGCAAAAAAUCAAUGUAAAAUGACAAUUUCUGAAAGUAAUUCUGCUAGCUCUUGUCCAAUGGAGGAUUGUGAAAAACUAAGUGGAGGAUGUAUUGCAGCAAUUUCUGUAUUAGGAGUGCUACUUUUGAUGGCAAUAAUAGCCGUAAUAGUCUGCUCAAUAAUAUUAGGUCUAGUAUGCAAAAAACUGGUAAACACAGGUAGAAAUAGAUCAGUGAACUCAAAUAAAACUGAACUGGAGAGCUUGGUGAGCUCAAAUGAUGACGAACCAGAUGGAAACGAACCAGAUGGAAACGAAAUAGAUGAAAAUAACCUAGGUGGUGGAAAUGACAAACCAGAUGGAAACGAAUCAGAUGGAAACGAAACGAAUCAGAUGGAAACAAACCAGAUGGAAACGAACCAGAUGGAAAUGAACCAGUGAGCCCUGGUGAAACAAACAAAUGAACCCAGAUAGAAAACUAUAACAAGCAGCAGAAAAAUGAAAUAUGCAUAUUACUUUUUGUCAUUAUAGAAAUUAGAUAAUUAGAAAAUUAUUUGCAACUAGACUAUAUGAUUAACUAUUCUAGAGCUAUCAUUAUUUUUCAGUAAUAAUCACUUUUAGCUUAUUAGAAGCAAUAAUUUUUAGUCUCUAAUGACA